AUGGACGGGCUUUUGGCAAAGCACCGCAAGGAGCAAAAAGACCUCCAAGGGCGAAUCACCCAGAAGAAAAAGUCCGCCACUAAGAAGACCCGCAAGGGCGUCAAUGAUGAAUGCGAACGGAUGCAACGGGAUCUCACAGAGCAACAACAAGCUGAAAUCACACAGCUGAACGGGAACCCGGUCGAGCCCACAGAGGCUCUCGACGACCUGACUCUGGAAGAUGAGUUACCGACAAAUGGAGAAUCGAGCGAGGACAAGACGACACGAUCCGAGACUGAGCCCGCCGCGACUGCCGAGGAAGAAGAACCUGCGGCCCGCUCCAAGAAGCCCAACCGCCAAAAAGCUCGUCUCGCCCGCCGUGCUGCCGAACAAGCUGCCCAGGCCGAGGCUGCGGCAGAAGAAGCCGCGACUCAAACCAACUACCGAGGCAACGAGCAGGAAAUUAUGGAAACAGUGUUUAAAAAACUGGGCUUGACGGAAGUUGAGGUCACUCCAGACGGCCACUGCCUGUAUUCCGCGGUCGCAAAGCAGCUUGACGAUUCAGGAGUUGGCUUGCGGCCGGACCCAAGCCGAAUUAUUCUGCAGCCAACGACACUAUCCCGUAUCGACACCGUCGCAUCACCGCAGCACGACGGCUACCGAGCUGUUCGGGCUGUCGCGGCCGACUUCAUCACAGACCACAAGGAAGACUUCGAGGCGUUCAUGGAAGAGCCCUUGGACGUCUAUACUCGGAAGAUCAAGCUGACAGCUGAGUGGGGUGGUCAGCUGGAGCUGCAGGCUAUUGCGCGGGCAUAUGGGGUCGAUAUCAAUGUCGUACAAAAGGACGGAAGAUUGGAGAAGAUCGAAUGCGGCGAUAUGGACAGCUUUGAUGACGAGGAAAAGCGCAGGCGCAUCAUCUGGCUAGCGUAUUACCGACACUCCUACGGGCUCGGGGAGCACUACAACGCUCUUUUCAAGAAAACCUAA